CAAAUAUUGCACAGAGGGAGGGUGGGAAAGUAACGCUAGCCAUAUGAAGUUCUAUAAUAUCUGAAGCCGUGGGAAGAACCCUUAAAUAGGGGGUUGCAAGAUGUUGGCAGAGAUGGAAGCAGAAUGGACGAGUUCUCCAGGGAAGGACUUCGGACAACGGCUGCAAAAGUUUGUGGAGGAAAGGAUGCAGACCACAAUGCUGACUGGUGUGCUGAUUGGUGCAGUGGUGGCAGUUUCACUGAUUGGCAUCGCUGUGCUCUUUCUCUACCGGAGAUACAAACUGUCCAGUGGGCAGCAACCUGGAACCCCCCGAUAUCGUUUUAGGAAAAGAGAUAAGGUGAUGUUUUAUGGACGAAAGAUCAUGAGAAAAGUCCAAACUCUGUCCUCAACCCCAGGGCCAACAUCCAUGUCCAAACAGCGUCCACGCAAAAGGCCCAAAGUCCUAAGCAUCGCCCGCAGGAUCCUGCGCAUCAGGAAGGAGCCCCCCACCCUGCAGCCCAAAGAGCCCCCUCCCUCUUUGCUGGAGGCGGACCUCACCGAGUUUGAUGUGCAGAACUCCCACCUGCCCUCCGAGGUGCUCUACAUGCUCAAAAACGUCAGAGUGCUGGGUCACUUUGAGAAGCCACUGUUCCUGGAGCUGUGCAGGCACAUGGUGUUUGUCGAGCUGCAGGAGGGCGAGGGGCUCUUCCGCCCGGGCGACGACGACGACAGCAUCUUCGUUGUGCAGGAUGGACGCCUCGAGUUGUGCAUCCAUGAAAAUGACGGCACUGAGGCAGUGGUGAAGGAUGUCCACCCUGGAGACAGUGUGCACAGUUUGCUCAGCAUUCUGGACAUUAUCACUGGUUACCCAGCACCUUAUAAAACGGUGUCAGCCCGUGCCGCAUCUCGCUCCACCAUUCUGCGCCUUCCAGCCUCUGCCUUCCAGUCUGUCUUCAAGAAGUACCCCGAGACCCUUGUGCGGGUCAUACAGAUCAUCAUGGUGCGUCUGCAGAGGGUCACCUUCCUGGCACUGCACAACUACCUGGGCCUGACCACUGAGCUCUUUAAUCCAGAGAGACAGGCAGUGCCCCUGGCGGCGGUGGGCAGUGUCCUUGGAGAGAGCAGUCCCGCCAGGAUGCCACGGCGACCACAUUUCCAAGCCAGUCAGGACGAGGAGAGUGCGGCAGGACUGUCCGAGUCUCCAUCAGACACGGAUUCAGGUAAAGUUGGAGGAAUGGGAGAUGCCGCAUCGAAUAGCCUUCGCAAGGUCCGCUCACUAUCCGCUGAAAGUGCAGUGUCAGGGAAUGACUUGAGCAUGGCCUACGAACGAGCUCGGGUCAACUUGGAGGAGGCCCCCUCAAGCCCAGUCAUCGUUCAUAAGUCUAUUCUCAAGAAGAGUGUGACCAUGCAGCACACGCCGUCAGCUGUGUUCCACUACACGGAGAGCGGUGGGCGCCCGGAUGUCCACCCCAGCAAGGUGGGCGCCAUCUUCCAGGCGGCCAAGAAGGACCUGCUCGGCAUCAUCCCGCUGCAGGACCCAAGUUUGCUAGAAGGCAGGGUCACUCUUCACCAGGUCAAAGCGGGCUCUGUGGUCGCACGUCAGGGAGACCAGGAUGUGAGCGUGCAGUUUGUGAUCUCGGGGGUGCUGCACGUGUACCAGCGCAUGAUUGACCGCGAGGAGGACACGUGCCUGUUCGUGACCCACCCGGGCGAGCUGGUGGGCCAGCUGGCCGUGCUCACGGGGGAGCCCCUCAUCUUCACCGUCAGGGCGCACCGCGACUGCAGCUUCCUCUCCAUCUCCAAAACACACUUCUAUGAGAUGAUGCGUGCUGAGCCAGCAGUGGUGCUGAACGUGGCUCACACAGUGGUGCGGCGCAUGUCCUCGUUCGUGCGGCAGAUCGACUUCGCCCUGGACUGGAUGGCGGUGGAGGCUGGACGGGCUGUCUACAGACAGGAUGAUAAGUCUGACAGCACGUUCAUCGUGUUGAGCGGUCGCCUGCGUUCCGUCAUCCUGAAGGAGGACGGGAAGAAGGAGCUGACGGGAGAGUAUGGCCGCGGCGACCUCAUUGGCGUGGUAGAGGCCCUGACUCAUCAGAACAGAGCCACCACGGUGCACGCUGUGCGGGACUCGGAGCUGGCCAAGCUACCAGAAGGAGCCCUGAGCUCCAUCAAGAGAAAGUUUCCUCAGGUGGUUACCCGCCUCAUUCAUCUUUUAGGGCAGAAGAUCCUUCAGCAAGUUAAUGGCCCCUUAUCAGCUCGCAGCCUGGCCCUGCACACGCCCGGGAGCAAGUGGGAUGCGGGGAACCCAGCGUCCAAUCUGUCCACCGUGACCGUGCUGCCGGUGUCCGAGGAGGUGCCGCUCACCGCCUUCACGCUGGAGCUGCAGCACGCCCUCAUCUCUAUCGGGCCGACACUCCUGUUGACCAGUAACAUCAUCAAGCAGCGCCUUGGGUCUGCAGCUCUGGACAGUGUGCACGAGUACCGCCUGUCCAGCUGGCUGGGGCAGCAGGAGGACAUCCACCGCAUCGUGCUCUACCAGACGGACUCCACCCUGACGCCCUGGACCCAGCGCUGCAUCCGGCAGGCCGACUGCAUCAUCAUCGUGGGCCUGGGGGAGCAAGAGCCCACUGUGGGAGAGCUGGAGCGGAUGCUGGAGGGCAGUGCAGUGCGGGCCCAGAAGCAGCUGGUGUUGCUGCACCGGGAGGACGGUCCUCCGCCCAAGGGCACGGUGGAGUGGCUCAACAUGAGGAGCUGGAUCUCCAGACACCUGCACCUCUCGUGCCCACGCCGCGUCUUCUCCAAGAGGAGCCUGCCCAAACUGAGGGAGAUGUACCAGCGCGUGUUCCAGAAGCCGGCGGACCGCCACUCUGAUUUCUCCCGUCUGGCUCGUGUUCUCACCGGCAACGCCAUCGCACUGAUACUGGGCGGAGGUGGAGCCAGGGGAUGCUCUCAGGUGGGCAUCCUCCGCGCCAUGAUCGAGGCGGGCAUCCCCGUGGACCUAGUGGGGGGCACCUCCAUUGGCUCCAUGAUGGGGGCGCUCUACGCCGAGGACCGCAGCCACAGCCGCAUGCGCAUACGGGCACGGGAGUGGGCCGUGGAAAUGACUUCCGUGUUCAAGAAAGUGCUGGACCUGACCUACCCCAUCACCUCCAUGUUCUCUGGAGCAGCCUUCAACUCCAGCAUCAGCAACAUCUUCAAAGGCAAGCAGAUCGAGGACCUGUGGAUCCCCUACUUCAACAUCACCACUGACAUCACUAACUCCACCAUGAGGGUACACACAGACGGCUCUCUGUGGAGGUACGUGCGUGCCAGCAUGUCCCUGUCUGGCUACCUGCCCCCGCUGUGCGACCCCAAAGACGGACACCUGCUGAUGGACGGUGGCUAUAUCAACAACCUGCCAGCUGAUGUGGCGCGUUCCAUGGGGGCUAAGGUAGUGAUUGCCAUAGACGUGGGCAGCCAGGAUGAAACCAACCUCACCAACUAUGGGGAUGCACUCUCAGGGUGGUGGCUGCUAUGGAAACGCCUCAAUCCCCUUGCCGAGAAAGUCAAGGUGCUGAACAUGGGAGAGAUCCAGACGCGGCUGGCGUAUGUGUGCUGCGUGCGGCAGCUGGAGUCUGUGAAGAACAGCGACUACUGCGAGUACAUCCGCCCCCCCAUCGACCGCUACCGCACUCUGGAGUUUGGGAAGUUCGACGAGAUUGCGGAGGUGGGCUACCAGCACGGGAAGACAGUGUUUGACGUGUGGUCCCGCAGCGGUGUGGUGGAGAAGAUGUUGAGAGACAGGCACCAGGAGGAGUUCCACAACACCAAGAGCAACAACGUGGUCACCUGUCCUAAUGCCUCGUUCACUGACCUGGCUGAGAUCGUCUCGCGCAUCGAGCCCGUCAAAUCAACUCUAGUGGACGAGGAGUCGGACUACCACACUGACUACGAGGAGGAGCUGGUGGAGAGCGCUCUCUCAGACCUGGAGCUCACAGGUCGCUACGGAGACCACACCGAAGAGGAAAUCGCAGAUACGGACGAAGAGUUGGAGCCGCUCCGCCAGCGCAACUCUUCACCUCCCGUGGAGAACCUGGGGCCUUCCUCUCCCCUCCUCAGCCCUGACACCGACACCUCCUCCAGCCUCAGGCCCAGGAAGGGCCAGAGAUCCACACCAGCCAGUCCCUGACCAGACCUGACCUGACACACACACACACACUCACACAUGCACUCACACACAGACAUACAUGCACACACAGUGAGUCGGAUUGAAUUAUUCACCUUCCUUCCCCCCACACACAAACACAAACAAGCAAACAACUUACUAAGAAUACAUAAGUAUUUAUGUAUGUUGUCAGGAAUACUUAUAGCCUGAGCCUUAGACACACACACACACACACACACACACACACACACACACACACACACACACACACACACACACACACACACACACACACACACACACACACACACACACACACACACACAUACACACACAAAGUGAGUUGGAUUGAACUCCUCUGAGUUACUACCCCAACUCCAGUAUUCCAGAAGCACUUGAGAAUACUCAGCACAAUCAUGGACAUUAUAACACAAUAGCAUUAGCCUUCCUGUGCAGCCUCCCAAGUCCAGCAUGAAGGGAAUGCUCAUUUGCCUAUGCUAACCCCUUAGCCUUGUAUCAGGCUAAAGUGCGGUCCAGUCAUUUGGGACUGGAGGUGUUUUGGAUGUUAUUGGUCUCCCAUCGGAGGGUAGUUCUAGCCUCCAUUAGUUAGGACGUGCUAUUUUACAUAAUGUCUGUAGGAUAGGGUUAGGUGUAGAUGUAUUGUUUUUAUUUGUUUACCCGUUGGCUCAUUUGUAGGAUUUAUUUUUUCAACCCAGUGUCUGAAGAAAUCUUCCACAUGAUGGUAAAGUGUUAAUUUCCCCAAACAGCUAAUAAUUAUGGGAAAUAAUAAUAUGAUUUUUCUCAAAUCACUUACUAAUACGACUAGAUCGUCCAGAUGCCUUCUCAGAUUGUCUUUUUUUGAUACAAAAAGCUUGAAUAUUUACAUGUUUUGAUGUAUGCAACAAAUAUAUGCAAAGACACAUCCAGUAGAGCUGGACAGUACAUUUCAAUGGACAGUCCAUAGACUUGACUAACGAAGAAUGAUUUCAUACCUCUAACCUCUGACACACAGACACACACUAACACACACACACACAUACACACUAUUCUCACAUACUGUAAGCCUAUCAAUGCAACAAUUGUUUGACCAAGGAUACCAUGUGUACCUCGGGCCUCAGAAACAAUGCAAUCUAGCCAGCACAGAGAAGUGCCUUUGCAUUUACCCAUUAAUCAUGAUAAUGUGAUUACUCCUAACAUUGAUGCAUCGUAGGUGCUCUAGGCUUCAGAUGUCUCACGUAUACACUAUUUAGUAUGAUUAAGUAAUAAUGAAUAUUAUGAUAGACUGGAAGGUUUUUGAUGUGAACAAUUCAAGCAUGAAUCAAGCAUGUAAGUGAAUUGUCAUCAAGCUUUGGCUAGCAAAACCAAAGAGUGGUUGAAAGGCCUGUUUGGAAGUCAUGUAGUUUGCAGAGAAAGUUGGCACGGUCCUUCCCUCAGCACCUGUGUCCAUUCCAGCCGAGACUAAAUGAUUCUUUGUCCCUGUACACUCACGGACUUCAGUCUCUAGUGUCCUUGGACAUGAAUCAUGCCUUCUACUGAGCAAUCACUGUUCUCCCCAUUGUUAUUGAAUGUGACCUUGUCUGGUGUAGGCACUGUUCUCUCUGCACCAUCUUGCGCAGAAACAUCAUAAGAAUUGGUGGUCUGGACACAAGGCCUGAAAGAGCUCGAAAGAACAACCGUACUGUGUAUUGGGGUUGCUGUCCUGGGGGGGUAUUCCAGGUAUGUACAAACAAUGUAGUGACCAACCUGGGUAAGUUAAUUCCGGGUAAGAGGUAAAUCUCCUACAACAAGAGCCCAAAGGCAUUGUUUUGUUAGGAGAAUAAAGCCAUACAGCUCUUCUAUUAGGAGGUUUACCACUUACUCUGGGUUAACUUAACCAGGUUUGUCGCUAAACCACCUACAGUACUUGGAAUACCCCCCUGACAGUUUCCAUUGUUUGGGGGAAAAGUCUUGGUGAUUGUGCAAGAAGUGUAACGUGAAUACUGAAUUGCCAUGGAGAGUGUUUUUGUGAAGCACUUGUUAUAUAAAAGAGAAGGGUAUUUGAGUUGUAAAAAAUGAGACAUUUUGUGAUGUUUUGUAUUAUUGUUUACUACCUAACAGAUGAGGUGCAAUGACAUCACCCCUGUUCAACAUUUAUUAAUAAAACCAUAUGUUACAUA